AUGCGGAGAAGCAGCUACGCAGCCGCCCUGGCCGGCAGCACAGGCAACAGCCCCGCAAACCCCGCGCCCACCCGGUCUGGGGCCAUUUCACACCUCAGCAACAACAGCCCCACCCCCCACGCGACAACUCAACACCGCCACUCGCGCUCCAUGGACCCCGACGGCCACCACAACAGCAUGUCCACCAGCUGGGGAAGAGGCGGCGCUCUGCCGUCGUACGCUAGCCAGAGUGGGCCUGCGCAGGGCUUGGCUGGAGGAGCCCAGGACGCACCGCCCUUCUUCGUGCCGUCGUACCUGCGCGGCUCCAAGCACGCCGAAAAGCUGCAGGAAGCACACAAGGCGAGGCUGGCCGCCCAGCGCGAGCACAGGCCAACACACUCGUCCAAUGUUGGGUCGCUAUCGACCAGCUCGAGCAGCGUAAACCUGCACAAGAUGACCGGUUCGCACCGCGGUCUGACACACGAGGUCAUCGAGCGAGCGCCUGUCUUCGUCGAUGAGCCCGUCUCGCCCUGGCCGACCAGGUGGAACGACAACGACAAGUUUGCGCAGCUAGACAUCGAGGACCAAGGCAGACAGGCCAAGUUCUCUGGGUCGCAAAAGACGCACGAGGAGGCGGCGUCGGUGCGCGCCGACUGCCCCAUGCCACGACAAUGCGGUAUCUACUACUACGAGGUGACGGUUGUCUCCAAGGGCAAAGACGGAAGAAUGAUCGGUGUUGGCUUCUCGGGCCCCAAAGUCGCCUUGAGCAGAAUACCAGGCUGGGAGCCAGGUUCAUUUGCAUAUCACGGUGACGACGGCCAGAUUUUCAACAACACAACGUCAGGGAAGAACUACGGUCCCAAGUUUGGCACACUGGAUGUCAUCGGGUGUGGUAUCAACUUCCGUACCAACACUGCCUUCUUUACCAAGAAUGGUCACAUGCUGGGUACCGCUUUCCGGGAUCUUACCCCUAAUAUGUCAUACUACCCAACGAUCGGCAUGAAGAAACCUGGAGAGACUCUCCGUGCAAACUUCGGUCACGAACCCUUCGCAUUCGACAUUGACAAGAUGGUGCUGGACGAGAAGACUGCCAUACAGGAAGAAAUUCACCGGACCACCUUCACACCCAGCGAUACAUCUGACCCAGACGAAACCCAGUUCAUUCAUCGGCUGAUCAGUCAGUACUUGGCACACGACGGCUAUGUUGAGACUGCGCAAGCAUUUGUCGAGGAGAUUGUGGACGAGGCGAGAGCGCUUGCUAACGAUGACGAUGCGACAAUACCAUACCCAGAGGCUGCCGAGGAUAUGGACGCACUGAACAGACAGAAGAUUCGUGCAGCUAUCCUCGAAGGCGACAUGGACAAAGCACUCAAACACACCACCGCAUAUUACCCUUCAGUCCUCCGCGACAACGAGAACAUUUACUUCAAAUUACGCUGCCGAAAGUUCAUCGAGAUGAUAAGAGACUGCAAUGAGCUCAGCACACAGUGCCAAAAUGUGGAUUCCGUGAAACCCUUCAGCUCUUCCAAUACCAACGUACGCAAUUCCACCGCCACAGACGAAUACGAUUUUCAAAUGGAGCUCGAUGAGCAGUUCGGCGUCAACAACCCUACGCCCAGCCUAGACGACGUUGAUAACGAAGACGAUCUCGAAGACAAGCAAGCCAAGCUACAGCAAUUGACCUCCAACACAAUUGCAUACGGCCAGGAGCUGGGUGCGGAGUUCGCAAAUGACCCACGCAGAGAAGUCAAACAAGCCCUCAAAGAUACAUUCGCUCUGAUAGCGUAUGAAAAUGCAAAGGAGAGCACCCUGGCGCCGCUGCUGGAGAUCGACGGACGGGUGCCGAUAGCCGAGGAAUUGAACAGCGCCAUACUGGUCAGCCUUGGCAAAUCCAGCUCUGCAGCUCUCGAACGCCUUGUUCAACAGACCGAAGCGCUAGUCGAUGUGCUUGCCGACGAUGGCGGUCCCGGCGCUUUCAUCAAUGUCAGGAAGGAUUUUCUGCAGUAG